CCUCCUUCUCCCCCUCCCCCUGCAAAACAUUCCCAACACCGAUUAGGCAAGCCUCUAAUAUAAAACUCACCCCAACAGGCUACUUAAUUCCACAUAUACCCUCCGCGGAAAAAUGAGGUUCUUGCAGUGUGGACUUUCUCUUUCCCCCCGCCCUUUUAUUGGGUAAAUUGCUGCUCCCCUUUGGCAUUCUCAGAACCUGAGCAGAAUGGCGCUGGGGUGCCGAUUUCCCCUUCUCCUGAGCCUCCUGCUUCUCUGCCAAUUUUCCUUGGCGCAAAAAUGCUGGAGAGAUGUCACAUGCGCGGGUCCCAAGGAUAGCGCCUUUCCAGGACCAUGGGAGGACAACAUUUAUGCGCCGUCAUCGAGAACCAUCAGCCCUAAACGAACGAUCGUAUCGCUUGCGGAACCGAACGCCACGGUCGAUUACAAAAAGUUUAAACCAUACACCUUGCGCUUAAAUGGGUCCGCCGUGGUGUUCGACUUCGGCAUCGAGGUGGGCGGCAUCGUGACCGUGAACUACACCUCAAAGGGCGGCAGUGGGGCGCUGGGUCUGGCUUUCUCCGAGGCCAAGAACUGGAUUGGUGAAUGGUCGGAUUCGUCGAAUGGCGCAUUCAAGGGGCCGGAUGGUGCUCUGUAUGCCAAUUUCACCAAAGAUGGAACCGCGUCGUAUGUCAUGCCGGAUGAGUCUCUUCGCGGGGGGUUCCGGUAUUUGUCGGUCUUCUUGGUUACGGAUGGGCGGGUGUCAGUCGAUAUUGAUGCUGUGAGCUUGGAAAUCGGCUUCCAGCCUACCUGGUCGAACUUGCGGGCUUAUCAGGGAUAUUUUCACUCGAAUGACGAUCUCUUGAAUCGCAUCUGGUACAGUGGUGCCUAUACAUUACAGACCAAUGCCGUUCCGCCGAACACGGGUCGCCAGGUGCCCAUGCUGACCAAGGGAUGGGCCAACAAUGCGACAAUGGGGCCUGGAGAUACCAUCCUGGUGGAUGGAGCGAAGCGAGACCGUGCGGUAUGGCCGGGCGACAUGGGUAUCGCGGUGCCCUCGGCGUUCGUGAGUAUUGGUGAUUUGGACAGCGUGAAGAACGCUCUGCAGGUGAUGUACGAUAAACAGGACCCUUCAACGGGCGCUUUCGACGAAUCAGGGCCACCGCUCAACCAAAAAGAUUCGGACACAUACCAUAUGUGGCUGAUGAUAGGAACGUACAACUAUCUGCUGUACACUAACGAUACUUCCUUUCUGACCAAGAAUUGGAACAAGUACCAAAGGGCCAUGGACUUCAUUUACAACAAAGUGGACAAUUCUACCGGUCUGCUGAAUGUCAACGGCACGCGCGACUGGGCCAGAUGGCAGCAGGGAUACAACAACACUGAAGCACAGAUAAUAUUAUACCGUACCCUAUCAACAGGCGCACAGCUAGCCUCCUGGGCUGCCAGGAUCAGUCCGCUAGCAGACAAAUGGAAUACCCAGGCAUCAGACCUUUUGCACUCUCUCAACGAAUACUGCUGGGAUGACAACUACGGCGCAUUCAAAGAUAAUGCGACGACAACCGAUUUGCACCCACAAGAUGCAAAUAGCCUGGCCCUUCUCUAUGGCGUCGUAGACCCCGAAAGAGCCGGCAGGAUAUCCGAUAAUCUACUGCACAACUGGACCCCAAUCGGAGCAGUAGCGCCUGAACUACCGAACAACAUCUCGCCGUUCAUUUCAUCCUUCGAAAUCCAGGGCCAUUUUGCCAUCGGCAAGACCGCGAGAGCGCUGGAGCUCAUCCGCCGAAGCUGGGGCUGGUACCUCAACAACCCCAACGGCACGGAAAGCACAGUAAUCGAGGGAUAUCUGGCAGAUGGCACAUUCGGAUACAGAUCCGACCGCGGAUACGGACACGACCCAUCGUAUGUCUCGCAUGCGCAUGGGUGGUCCUCCGGCCCGACCACCGCCCUGACUACCUAUCUCCUGGGCCUCUCCAUCACGUCGCCCCGUGGCCUUACGUGGAAGAUUGCGCCGCAGUUCGGCGACCUGAAAACCGUCGAGGGCGGGUUCACAACGCCGCUAGGGAAGUUCCAGGCUGCCUGGGAGAAGAAUCCGGAUGGUUACACGCUUCAAUUUUCGGUCCCGGCCGGGACGAAGGGGAACCUGACAUUACCGUAUGUGAGGAGCUCGGAGAAGCCGUCUAUCACGAUCGACGGGAACGAUAUUUUCAAAGGUGUGUAUUACGUCGAUGAAACAGCGACGAUCACCGUGAGCGGUGGGGGAAGACAUAGAGUCGUAGUGCAUUGAUUUCAUUCUAGAUUGGUAGCUUCCGUGUAUAUUCAAUUGAUUCAACUCGAAUGACAUAUUGACA